AUGGACGAGCUACCUAGUUUCGCCGAAUACAUGCUUAGGCGGCGUCGAAUGACCCAAUCGUCCUCAAGAAACCACGCGACCAUACAUCCAGAUCCUCCUACUCGCUCGCAACGAGAUUCUGCCACGCACGCACGACCAGAUCCUUCUACGCCUCCGCCACCUUAUGGGAUCGAAACCUCGCUAGAGAAUUCCAGUCUGUCUGAACCCCAAGAGAUUCAGAUACUCCGGACGGUGAAUACAGUUAUGGCGCAAGUUGAUGCUAGUCUAGGGAGCCCUACUGGUGGUUGGGGCAACAUUUUGGCCCUCUCCUCUGCUAUUCGCCACGUCUGUGUUGAAACCGCCAUAGCUAUCACCAAGGAUGUGUCUUCUAUAUCUCAGCUUCAGGGAGAGGGGGAUGCGGAGAUUUUGAGAGCCCGUCACAGAACUGUUGAAGCUGUAACCACUACUGCAAAUAUUGCUCUUAUUGGAAAACAGACAGAAGCAGCUAUGAUCACAGCUACCGCAAUUAUUGAUGUAUCAAAUAGCACUGUUUCAAACAUGUCCCGACGCCGCUCGGCAGAUCAGUAUACACCAGCAGAGAAUAUUAUAGCCCUGGACUAUAUGAGGAGGGUGAUUUCUGCUGUAGCUGACGCAGCAACUGAGACAGCUGGGGAAAUUGUUCAGCGAAGAUCCUAA